AUGUUCAUUCCCAGUCGCCGUUUCGGCGGCCUCAUUAAUCCUUCGAAAACCCUUCUCAGUGCCUUCGCACCAUCUUCCACCUCCACACCAACAUCCCAAUGCGUGAGAUGUCUUCAUCAGAAACGAGCAACCCCCAUAAUCCCUCAACCGACGCCAUUCGUCCCUGAUGUACCGACAUUCUUAUCUCUGAUUGGCCGCGAAAUGCACAAACAUGCCAGCAAAUUCACCUCCUGGGACAGUCUGUUUUCUCUCUCCUCCGCAGAACUACGAGAACUCGGAAUCGAACCGGCCAGACAACGACGAUACCUACUCAGGCAGCGCGAGAAAUUCAAGCAUGGUAUGUACGGCCCUGGCGGGGAUUUGGAUGUUGUCGUUGAUGGCGCCGCUCAACUUCGUGUUGUUGAGGUUCCUGUCGAAUCCUCGAUAACGCAGGGUGGGGAAGUCAAUACGUCGUUGCCAGGUGCAUCCGCUACACUGUCGCCUGGAAUGCGAAAAGUGAUUGUGAAUAUUGCACCGGAUGCGGAGAAAUACGAGUACAAGCCCAGCGACGCGAUCAAGAAGUAUGCCCAUAUGAAGAUCACUCACGGAUCCAUGGUGAAAGGACCCUUCAUUCAAGCAUUGAAAGGGACCAAUGGCUCAGCGGUUUUGAUCAAAGCGACAGAAGGUAUGUGGGAGGAUAGACGCGGACAAAAGGUUGAUGGUGGUGAGCGGCGACGUGCUGAGGUUCGGGCAAAGAAGCGAAGUGCAGAGAGAAGGGCUGCCGGCGCUUGA